CCAAAAAUCGAGUGGCUUCAUUUUUGGAUUUCCGCCGAAAUGGACCAAGUCUCGUGGGGCGCCGAGUGGUGGGCGGCGAACGGCCGCCCGAUCGUCGAGGCCUACGCGUCGCAUGACGUACGCACGGUGCUGGCCGCCAUUGGUCGCGCGCCGUCGACUUACCUCCAGUACAUCAAGGCGGUGUACGAGCGCAGCCCCGAGCACGUCAUCAUCGAGACCUUCCUCAUCGUCUUCAUCUUGUACAUCUUGUUCGUCAAGAAGAGCAAGCUGCCCAAGCAGGCAGCCGACCGCUUGACGCCGGCUGAGAUUCAGUCGCUCGUCGACGAGUGGCAGCCCGAGCCGAUCGUCGCGCCCAUCUCGGAAGCGGCCAUCGCCGCCGCGUCCUACAACCUCGGCAUUGUCGAAGACACGCCGAACACGCACAUGAAGCUGCGUGGCAUUGCCUCGCCGGUUCUCAACCUCGGUACGAUGGACUUUUUGGGCAUGGCGAGCCGCGACGAGAUCAAGACGACCGCGCGCAACGCGCUGACCAAGUACGGCUGCGGCUCGUGCGGCCCGCGUGGCUUUUACGGCACCAUCGACACGCACGAGAUCUUGGAGAAGGACAUUGCGCACUUCAUUGGCACGACCGACUCGAUCACGUUCUCGGACAUUGAAGCCACCGCGUCGUCCGUGCUGCCGGCGUUUGCCAAGCGCGGUGAUCUCAUUGUCGUCGACGACGGCGUCAACGACUCGAUCCGCACGGGCGUCAACCUCGCCCGCUGCACGACGCUGUACUUCAAGCACAACGACAUGGCCGACCUCGAGCGCGUGCUCAAGAGCGUCCGCGACGCCGACAAGAAGGCGGGUCGUCGCUCCGACUGCCAGCGCCGCUACAUUGUCACCGAAGGUCUCUUCCGCAACUAUGGCGACAUCCUGCCGCUACCCAAGGUUGUGGCGUUGGCGCGCGCAUACUUUUUCCGCCUCUUUGUCGACGAAUCUUUCUCGUUUGGCGUUCUUGGCGCGACCGGGAAGGGCGUCACCGAGCACUUCAACCUCCCGAUUGACUCGAUUGACAUCAUCUGCGGCUCGCUCUGCACGUCGCUGGCCGGCGUCGGCGGCUUCAGCACGGGCUCGCAGCACGUUGUCGACUACCAGCGCAUCAACAGCGCGGGCUACGUCUUCUCGGCCUCGGCCCCGCCGUACACCUCAGCCGUCUGUUCGGAAGCCAUCCGCCUCCUCAAGAACGAACCGUCGCUUGUGGCGCAGCUCAAGACGAACGCGCAGGCGGCCCACGCCGCGCUCCGUGCAUCCUCGGCGCUGACGUUGCUCAGCGAUCCCGAGUCGCCCGUGCUCCACGUCACGACCGCCAACGCGCCGUUGACCAAAGAGGAUGCGGCCGGAAUCGUCAAGGCGUGCUUGGCCAAGGGUGUCGCGGUUGUCGCUGGCGACCACAAGCCGACGCCGCUCAAGACCGCUGCGUUCGCGACCAUCCGCUUGACGGUCAACGCGCAGCACUCGGCCGAGCACAUUGCGACCGCUUGCCGCGUCGUUGCGGAUGUGAUGACGGCGUACACGCCCGCGGCGUCGACCGCGACGACGGACGAUGGCCUGCGUAGACGUAAAUAAAUUAGCUCAUUGCCCUUUCCGUGUCUUUGAUAUCGCAGACGACACGGGAUAACGGCAACGACCCGGAA